AUCACCGGUUGCACUGUGAUGUGGCUUGCCAUUCAUUUGCCAGGAGUCAAUAAUGGUUGUCCAUCACACCCCAUCACUUUUCUUUUCAUUGGGCCUGCUGUGUUGGCUACUUGCAAUACGAAUCACUGUUGCUGAGAACUUCCAGGAUAGUAAAGAUAAUAACAGAGCGAUAAUAUCCCGAGAGAAAAGACCUCACUCGCCAGUCCACGGACAGUUGCAGCAACCGCCCUGUUGUUUCACGUUGUUUGGAUGUGGAGCAUACCAGCCCAAGCGCUUCCCUUUAAUGAAAGCCUUGUCCAUUCCUCCGCCUGCUGUUACUGCUUUUGCCGCACAAGGGAGAAGUCUAGCCCAGUCGAGAACAUUGAUCCAUUCCCCUCAUCCUUCCAGGCAGUUUCAACGAUGGGCCGGAACGUGCUGUCUGUUUGCCUGUGUGUUUGCACGAAAUACCCUGUAUGCUGUACACCGUGCAGAGGACGUACAGAGGGUGUACGUACUCCAUACUCUCUGUGCUCUGUAUGGAGCACACUCGCUCCGUGCCCUGCAGGGAUUUGCUCUGCCACUGGAUCACAGUCAUCAUCACGGAAAGAAUGGAUCGGUUGGCGCUGAGUCAAUCGAAGGCAGCGCAAUGGCGCACUACAGGUACAACUUCCGGGCGUGGUAUCACGAUCUGGCGCGUGAAGUCCCGUUUCCUGCCAUGAAUGUACACGGGAUAAAAAGUUUCUGCUUGAUUAAUGCGUGGAAUGAGAUGUACUCCGAGUAGUUGAUCGUAGAAUUAGGGCGAUCGACUUGUCUGAUCCACAUGUAAAGCCGAGGAGAAACGAAAUACAUAUAUGCACAAGC